CACCCAACAGUCCGCUCCAUCUCAGCAACAGGGCACACGCGUUGCUGCUGCUCAAUCGACCGCAGGCCUCCCUGGCCGAUGCUGAUCACGCAGUUCGACUGCGCCCGGACUGGGGCAAGGGGCACUAUCACAGAGGUCUGGCCCUAUCCGCUCUCAUGAGGAACGAGGAGGCGCUCUUGGCCCUGUGUACGAGCGCGGUGCUCGACAAAAAUCCACACAAAGUCCGACACGAGCUCACAAGG